UUUAUUUUUUUAUAAAAUAAAGAAAGAAUUGAUUUUUAUCUAAAAUGUGGUCUAGUUUUUCAAAGAAGUUUUUAUAUGGUUAUAAAGCAAAAAUUGGUCAGACUGGAUCUCAAAGUACAAUGCUUAUAAUGUCUACGUUCACCUCUUUAUCAUCUGCUUUUCUUUAUUAUUAUAUUUAUGGUAACCCUAUCAAAGCAAUGACUCCUGAAGAACAUGGUCUACAUCCACCAAAAUAUCCUUGGCCGCAUAAAGGUUUUUUGUCUUCUUAUGAUCAUAAAAGUCUUCGUAGAGGGUAUCAGGUUUAUAAGGAAGUAUGUUCUGCAUGUCAUUCACUAAGUCUUGUUGCUUGGAGAAAUCUUGUUGGUGUUACACAUACUGUUGAUGAAGUAAAAGCUAUGGCUGAAGAACAUGAAUAUGAAGAUGGUCCAGAUGAUAAUGGUAAUAUGUUCAUGCGUCAAGGAAAAUUAUUUGAUUAUAUGCCAAGCCCGUAUCCUAAUGAAGAGGCUGCUCGAGCUGCAAAUGCUGGUGCAUAUCCUCCUGAUCUUUCUCUCAUUGUUAAAGCUCGCCAUGGAGGUUGUGAUUAUAUUUUUUCUCUUCUUACAGGAUAUAUGGACCCACCCGCUGGUGUUGUUCUUUCUGAUGGUAUGAAUUAUAAUCCUUAUUUUCCUAAUGGUCAGAUUGCUAUGGCAAGAACUCUUUUUGAUGGCUUGAUUGAAUAUGAUGACGGUACACCUGCGACCACUUCUCAAAUGGCAAAAGAUGUAGUGUCUUUUUUAAAUUGGGCAGCAGAGCCUGAGCAUGAUGAUCGUAAGCGUAUGGGUUUUCAAACAUUGAUUAUUUUAAGUACUUUGUUUGCAUUGAAUUUAUGGGUUAAACGAUUUAAAUGGGCACCUCUUAAAACAAGAAAAAUUGUAUACAAUCGACCAUAAUAGGUAAUAACAUAUUUUUCUUAGAAUAAUUAUACAUUGCAUA